UGUGUUAAAGAAAAAUUUUAUUAUGACGCAUUUUGUUAUUGUACAUUAUUUUUUAGGCAUGUAAUUUUACAAAUUUGUAAAAGUCGACGCAAUUUUAAUAAGCGGAUAUAUAAGCGUAUUUCAAUUCAAUACAUGUAAGAAAACGGUGUCAUAAUUUAUAAGUACUGAAAUUUAUUGUACAAUAAAAUUAUUGUGUCACAAUAAUAUUGUACAAUAGAAAUAUAGAUUCAUAUAACGGCUUUUGGUAUAGCGGCUCUAACUUGAAAAUGGUAUUCGGAAACGCGUGCAGUAUGCUGCCAUAUAGUACAUAAAAAAUACUAAAAUAAUUAUAUUAAAAAGAACUUUAUCCUAAUUAAAUUAUUAUAAUUAAAAUGAAAAUUGCUAUUUAUAAAGUAGAAGUCUUCAAAAUGCAUACAGUAGAAAGUCUGCUGUGCAAACUACUACUAGCUUUCUUUUACCGGCGAAGAAAUAGUCAAUAACUGUGGUAACCUUUAUUUUUUGUUUUUGUUGUCAUGUUACCUGAUUUUAUAUACUUUAAAUCCAUUUAAUAUAUCAACUUGUUCGUUAAACAUUUUAAGUUCACGGCAAAGCAUUACAAGUAAAUACAAUGGCAAACAAUUCAACAUUGAUGAACACGUCGCAGAUUACACGUCGCGGGAGUUAUCACAGUGAAGUGAUACAGUUACAGCAGCCAAAUGAUGUGGACUUUUUAAAACAUGCCUUAGGACAAAUAAAUCUUGAUGCCUCAGAGUCUAAUUUCGGCAAUAGCUUCCUAAAUGAAACACUCAGUGUAUGUGCCCUACUAGCAAGUGUUAAUUUGGAAAUGUAUAUGGAUUUGUUUGCUGAGCAUAAUAUUGAAUUAGAACAGUUCUUGGAGUUGAAAUAUCUGGAUUUGCAGUUAUUAGGAAUAGAAGAUAGUAGACACCGUAAUCUUAUUAUGGAAAUAAUUAGUGCAUUUCGAUUUGAAUAGUCCGUCGUACAUCAGUUGGUGUAUUAUAGUGAAAAAAAUAUUUAGGGCAAUGAUAAGAAUUCACAAAACGUAAAUUUGUACAUAAUACGUUUUAAAUUGUUUGUCAACUAUGUUAACUUUAAAAAACACUUAAUUUAUUUAAAUUUAGCUAAAUAAUGGAACAAGUAGCUUCCGAGAGUAAUUUAAACCGACAUUGUUUUAGCAGAAUAUUAAUAGUAAAUUUUUCAACGUAGUAUAUCUAGUUCGGUUUUAACAUGAAUUACACAUAACUUUAUUCAGUAAUUUUAAGAAAUCCGUAUAGGCCAAAAUGUUAGAAAUCAUUAUUGUUUUAGUUUUCAUUAAUUUAUUUAAAAUUUUACUGAUGUCAUUAGCAACGUGUUUUUAAGUAAUUUUUCAAACCAUCGUUAUAUACAUAGGUACAUAUGUAUCUAUUAUAUAAGUAAAAGUUAACAAUUAUCGGCUUAAGUUUGUUAGUUUUAUAAAUGUUAUACGAAAAUAAAAGAUCUCAUUAAUUUGGACUUCUGUUUUUGUGAAAAAAAAAUGUAGCUUUUUCACCAAUAGAAGCUAUCAAUUUAUUUAAUAAAGGUUAAAAUAGACAGUUCUCGAUUUCUGUUGUCAUCACGUUCCCCAACUUAUCAGCUGAUCUGAAUGCAUUUGGCAGAAAAAAAAAAUAAACGAAAACAAACGUUUAAAAACGCACGUGUGACAUUCCAAGCUUUGUAAUUUGGGCGUAUUUAAAAACAAAUAAAAUAAAAUAAACUUUUUAAAAUGAGUGCCGAACCAUUCAAUGAGUAUCAUUUGUGCAAUUUCAAUGAAAUUAUUAAAUUAGAAGAUUUGCCUACAGAAGCUUUGCGUCAGCUUUGGUCUUGUCAAUGGACAACGACGCGUUUACAAAGUAUUUUAGAUAAUUGGAGGGUUAAUAAAGCAACGGAGCCAAAUUCAGAAGCAGCGAAUACAUUACUUUGUCAAGCCGUUGAGCUGACACUCGUGUUCGUGCAAAACAAUUUUACAGGACCAUUCAAACAACUGGAAGAGUUCAGCAAUUUUCUACAAAAAAAAUCGUUGGAAGAGUACGAUUCUUUUAAGCGACUUAUGGAAAAUGGCGAAGAAAUAAACCCAAAUGUCAAACUGGGCGAGUUGUUAGUGUUAGCAAAAGAAAUUUUAGAUUUAUUGCGCCAGUUUUGGCCGAAUUCAUUGUAUCUGCAUUGGUGGCAUAUGCGUUUAAUUUACAUACAGCAGAGUGUAAUCGAUGAACUCACCGGCAAUUUAUAUGAACAGCUUAAAUUAGUAGCUGAAAGUUUAUUGAAAAAUGUUGACAAACUGCAGAACAAGGAACUGCAAGCCUUACUUUACUUAGAGUUGGGAAAUUGUUAUUUACUUUUUCAUCGUUCACAAAAAGCAGACGAUGUGCUUGAACAGUUAUGCCAACGUUUUGAUAUAGUGUUAAAUGUGGAAGGAUUACUUGGUGUGCGCACGAAGUUUCAGCAGAAACCGUUGCCACAACUCUGUUUGAAAGUGCAACAUACCAACAGGGAUUUGACAUCGGCGGAGGCCACCCACGGCAAAACGAAUAUACCAAAGUUACUGCUUUUAGAUGACGAUACAAGGCUCGAGCGUAUACGUUUUAUUGAACCGAAAGAUAACGAAGUCAUGACACUGCCUAGCGUAUUGCAGGCUUUGGUGUUAGCAAAAGUUAAACAGCUCAAACGUUCGCAGCCAAAAGAUCGACUUGCCGACGAAGAACUAGAGCCAUAUAUAAAAACGCUUUUAUAUCAGGAACAUGGACCACUCCAAGUACGCCAAUCCGCCUUACUGUUUAAUUGUGUGCAAGAGUCGAACCAGCGGCGCACAGUGGAGCGUAGUUGGAAGCAGUGUGAAGGUGCCGUUAAAUUACUUGACGGACCCAUAUUUACAUUACCAGAGCGACUCUCCUACGCAUUUGCUGGGUUCCUACAACCCAAAUGGCAAGUACAAAUGCAGCUAUGCCAGUUAUUGUUGUCAUUGGGUAUGACUAAAACGGCAUUAGAUAUUUAUCUGCAAAUACAAGCAUGGGCCGAAGUUAUACAAUGCUAUACCAAGUUGGAACUGCGACAUAAGGCCGCCGAAAUAAUAAGACAAGAAUUGGAAAAGAAACCCACUGUGUUGUUGCAUUGCCUGCUCGGCGAUGCCAUUGAUGAUCACAACUGUUACGCUACAGCGUGGGAGUUCUCCAAACAUACCAGCGGCAGAGCACAAGCACACUGGGGCACAUAUUAUUUCCGUAAAGCAGAAUAUGCUGAGGCCAUACCACAUUUAGAAAAGUCCGUAGAGAUAAAUUCCUUACAAGAAAAAAUAUGGCUACGCUUGGGCUUCGCUGCCAUACAACUGGAGCGUUGGGAGCUCGCCGUUCACGCGUAUAUAACAUAUACACAUAUCGAGCCAUUGGGUUUUGAAUCGUGGAAUAACCUAGCAAAAGCGCUAGUAAAAUUGGGCGAUAAAAUUCGCGCACACAAAGUUUUAAGCGAAUCGCUGAAAUGUAAUUACAACAACUGGAAGGUUUGGGAAAACUUUAUGAUUGUCUCCGUGGAUACGUGUAAUUUAGAAGACGCCCUGAAUGCCUAUAAUCGUCUCAGUGAGUUGAAGGAUCGCUAUCUAGACUUGGAAGUGCUAUGCGUUACAAUCGGUGCCAUUGUGGAAGGCAAACCUGACGCCAAAGGUCAAACGCAGGAGCGUUUGCGUAAGAAAGCUAUCACUUUAAUGGCACAACAAUGCAUUAAGCAUGGCAACGAACCGAAAGUAUGGGAAUUGGCAGCACUACUUGCCCCCACAUCGCUGAACAGGGCACAAAAGUUGGUUAAAGCUGUGAAUGCGUACACUACCAAGGAGCUGGAGUGGGCGUCGAAGCAACCGUAUGCGCUCAAAGUGAUACAAGUGUGUCAGCAAGCAUGCGAAUUGUCAUUGGAAGCAACCAAGGAGCAUGCGCCAGAAGAAACUGACGUAAUGAUUACAUCGCAACUGAAUUCUGCGCGUCUUGCAGCACAGGCAGUGCUACGUGCCACGGCGAAAGUUAAUGAGAAGUGGCCGGAAAAUGAGGAAACUUUAACGGUAUUGAAAGCGCAACUCGAGUCGCUGACGACGACGGUUAAGGAGCGCAUGAAUACAAGCUGAUAAUAUCUUAGUUUAAUCUUGUUUUUAAGUAUAGCACAAACGCAAACUAUUGUAAUAUUUUAUAAUAAAGAAAAAUUCUAUUCUAAA